CGUAAUUAAUGUAAACCAAUUGCUUUCGCACUUAACCUGCUAUCUUUAUAUUGAAUUAAUACGCCUAGUUGGCCGUAUUUGCAUAUAGAUAUUUUUAAAUAUUAUGUUCAUACCCAUAGGUAUAGUAAGAAAGUAAAUAGCAAGUUGUCAUUUGGCACAUGAAUUAAUCUUUACCGAUUUGUCGGCGUUUAUUAAACUCAAAGUGAUGUUAUGUUCGAUGAAACGCUUGAACGAUGUUUUCGGUAAUUGAUCAUGAUUCAUGAAUGAUCUGUGCUCCAUUGGCUUUGUCUGUACGCGGAACACAGCAACAAAUCUAAAGUACAUGCGACUCUAUUUUCGGAAAUAAACAGGAAUAUUCUUUACUACAUAUAUAUAAAUCAGAAAAUAAAAUUAAUAGGGACGAUUUAGGAAACGUCCCUGCUGCUUAAGGUCUCCAACGUACUUGUUUUAUUUGAUAUCUACGAUUUCAAGGAGUAUAAUCGGACAAAAAUAUGAGGAAAAGAAUGAUGGCGUGUUAGUAGUAGUUGUGGUCCAGUGUGUGUGGGCCGGUGGACGGCUCUGGGUCUGGUGUGAGAGGAACAGAUUGAGGAAGUGUGUGUGGAGAUGAAGGUGGGACAGAAGAACUCAGUGUGUAUCCUGUCCAGUCGAGAGCGAGGAGCACGAGGUCUUGCCUCACACAGGAUCCUACAGCAACUUGUAGAGGAGAAGACACAGCGCAUGAAAUGGCAAAGCCAGAAAGUGGAGUUACCAGACAGCCCCCGCUCGACCUUUCUUCUGGCCUUCAGUCCAGAUAGGUCCUUAAUGGCCUCUACCCAUGUGAACCACAACAUCUACAUCACAGAGGUUAAGACAGGAAGGUGUGUUCACUCUCUGGUGGGCCACCGCCGGACACCCUGGUGCUUGACCUUUCACCCUAGCAUACCUGGCCUUAUUGCUUCUGGCUGCCUGGACGGAGAGGUCCGAAUCUGGGACCUGCAUGGAGGCAGUGAGAGCUGGCUCACAGAGACUAACUCAGCGAUCGCAUCCCUUGCUUUCCAUCCCACGGCUCAGCUGUUGCUCAUUGCCACCAACAACGAGCUGCACCUAUGGGACUGGAGUCGGAAGGAGCCCUUCACUGUGGUGAAGACUGCUAGCGAGACAGAGAGAGUCAGGUUGGUGAGAUUUGAUCCAUUGGGUCACUAUCUUCUAACCGCCAUUGUAAACCCUUCAAACCAACAGAAUGAUGAUGAUCCUGAGAUUCCAAUGGACAGUGUGGAGAUGCCUCAUCUCCGUCAGCGCUCCUUCCUGCAGUCCCAGCCUGUAAGACGCACACCCAUCUUGCACAAUUUCUUGCACAUCCUUACUUCCCGCAACUCAGUCUCUCAGACUGGAGGUACUCCUGCUGCUUCCACUGAUGAGGCCUCCGAUUCGUCUGGGCGUUACGCUGUUUUGAGGGAUCGUUCCCGGCUGCCAUACCAUGGUUGCGUUCAGCCACUCGGAGUGGUAUGUUUCUGUAGCCGUUGCUCAUCAACGCAGGUUCCGUCUCCGCCUGAUGAGGACUCUUCAGACUCCGCCUCCCUGGAGGGACAAUCAAACGCAUCCACCUUUUCUUCUGCACGCACAGAGCCGCGAAUACCGCGGUUUCCUGUUGAAUCUCGUGUUGUAUAUCGGCCCUCAGCAUUUAGCAGCGUGUACGGUGGCGGGAGCAACAUGCGGAACCUUUCUUCUAGCUCUGGAAGGAGGGGAGUGGCUGGAAUGGCGCCAAUCCCACCUUUCCGGCAGCACCCGCUAGGCAGGGAAGGUGGAGGCCGUUUCCCUGGGGCAGACUGGACAGGCAGUGUGCUUAAUGGAAGAGGUAGUAGUAUGACUCCACCCAGAACCAGUGCUUCCUCUGUCAGCCUGCUUUCUGUCCUGCAACAGCAAGGGACUUCCAGCCAAUCACCUGUUUACACCACUGCUAGUGAUGGAUGGGGCUUUCCUCAUAGCAGUGGCAGCUCAUCAGGGACUAGUUCUAGCAGGCACCGCCCACCGCAGGAAGAGGGGCACAACAGCCCUUCUUCCAUCCGCAAUGUUCUGCAGUGUAACCUUAACCGCUAUUUCAUGGAGUAUGAGCAAAUGCAGGACCUAGUGCAGCCACUAGAGGGCAGCAGGCAGGACCAGCAGACUCAGGAAAUGAUAAAUAACAACAUGGACCCAGAACAACCGGGCCCAUCUCAUUACCAGCCACUCUACAACAGCGAAAACCAUUCCCACAGUCACAUGAAUCGCUGUAGAGUCUGCCACAACCUCUUCACCUAUAAUCGGGGUACUCAGCGCUGGGAGAGAACAGGUCAGCCGACAUCUGCUGAGAGAAACUCAGCUUGGCAACCUACUAGUCCUGCCUUCCACAACGUAGCCCCAGUCUCUCAUUCUGAUCAUCACCUACUUGUACGCACACCUAUGGAGCCCAGCCCAGACGCCACAGAGCCUCACGUACACUUUUCCCGCAGCACAGCUACCAAUCAGCAUGAGGAUCAGGCUGUCGGGCUGGUCUUCAACCAGGAAACUGGCCAACUAGAGCGUGUUUACAGACAAUCUGCAACCUCUCAUUCAGCAAACGUAUCACAAGAAGCCUUAAACCAGGAAAUGCCUGACGACACACAAGACGAUGAUUACCUACGCAGGAGGCUGCUGGAGUCAUCCAUGAUGUCUCUUUCCAGAUAUGACGUCUCUGGAUCACGAGACCACCCCAUCUACCCCGACCCGGCCAGGUUGUCCCCUGCAGCAUAUUAUGCACAACGUAUGAUCCAGUAUUUGUCUCGGCGUGACAGCAUUCGGCAGCGCUCUCUCCGUCCCCCCAGCAGACCUCGACCCCUCUCCUCUAAUUCCAACAGCCUCUCCCCUGGCCCCGCCCCCAGUGUGGAGAACAGCGAAGUUGAUUUUGAGGAGUUUGAGGAAAGUGGAAGCAGACAUAGGGCUCCUCGUAAUGCACGCAUGUCUGCCCCCUCCCUUGGUCGCUUUGUACCCAGGCGCUUCCUCCUGCCGGAGUUUUUGCCGUAUUCUGGAAUCUUCCAUGAGCGAGGGCAGCCAGGCCUGGCAACACACUCAUCCGUCAAUAGGGUCCUCGCAGGUGCUGUAAUUGGAGACGGUCAAUCUGCAGUAGCCAGCAACAUUGCUAACACAACCUAUCGUCUACAGUGGUGGGACUUCACCAAAUUCGACUUGCCCGAGAUCAGUAAUGCUUCUGUUAACGUAUUGGUGCCCAACUGUAAGAUCUACAAUGACGCGAGCUGUGAUAUCUCAGCGGACGGGCAGUUGCUGGCUGUAUUCAUUCCCAGCAGUCAGAGGGGUUUCCCUGAUGAGGGCAUUUUGGCUGUGUACUCCCUCGCCCCGCAAAACCUGGGAGAGAUGCUCUACUCCAAGAGAUUUGGUCCAAAUGCCAUCUCUGUCAGUUUGUCUCCGAUGGGUCGUUACGUGAUGGUGGGUCUGGCGUCUCGUCGCAUCCUGCUGCAUCAGAUCACCGAUCACAUGGUGGCACAGGUCUUCAGACUGCAGCAGCCCCACGGAGGAGAGACAUCCAUGAGGAGGGUGUUUGAUGUGGUGUAUCCAAUGGCCCCAGACCAGCGGAGACAUGUCAGUAUAAAUUCUGCACGUUGGCUGCCAGAACCAGGGCUUGGGCUCGCUUAUGGAACCAACAAAGGAGAUCUGGUCAUCUGCAGACCUGUUGAUGUACAUUCAGAUGGCAACGGCACUUCUGAACACUCUGAGAGAAUGUUCACCAUCAAUAAUGGUGGAGGGGUUGGAACCAGCAGCAGCAGGGGUGGAGACAGGGCAGGGAACAGCAGGACUGACUGGCGCUCACACAGAGAGAUGGGCCUGAUGAAUGCGAUUGGUCUGCAGCCACGACAUCCUGCCCCCACUGUUACAUCACAGGGGACGCAGACACAGACUUUACAGCUACAGAAUGCGGAGACACAAACAGACCAUGACCUUCCAGAUAACCCUGAGCAGCCCAGCACUUCUCAGGGGUCACAGGUUACUGAUGGUCAGACAUCAUUACUGAGCUCAGCCUCAGACUCUCUGGAUUUAGAGACUCUCCCAGAGGAUUCUGGGUCUGAGGUGGUACCAGAGACGCCCCCCCACAGUCGACCUCAGGAAGAUGAAGGGUCAGAUCUCACUGAACCCAGCACAGACAGCACAGGUCAGGCAGAGUAUGUUUCUCGUAUCCGAAGGCUAAUAGCUGAGGGAGGCAUGACUGCGGUUGUCCAGCGUGAGCAGAGCACCACAAUGGCUUCCAUGGGCAGCUUUGGCAACAGCAUCAUUGUCAGCCACCAUAUUCACCGUGGCUCCCAGACAGGAGCGGACGCACAAAGCCGUACUCAUUUGAGUCCUAUUCCUGGUCCCUCCUCUAGUGCCCCUGAGACUUUGGCUGGAGCUGCAGGUUCGUACACCUGCAUCCUAACCAACGCACUGGGCCUUCAUACCGACACAGUUCAGGGCACCUCUACAGACAUAGACCUAACACCCGACGUAGAACAGGAGAGAUUUCACACAUCCCUGCUUUCCCAGGAGUUUUCACCUCUUUUCUCAUCUGCUGUAAACAUAAACGGACCUUCUGCUUCCAUGGAAACAGACAAUGUCUUGGAGGGGGAGGAGCUCCAAGACUAUGAGUCACUCCCUCCAUCUUUACUCUCAUCCUCACCAUCUCUUUCUCCAGUGAAUAACAGUAACUACAACAACAGUGAUAGUAGUUACCAUGGAGAAGAGUAUGGGCGUUGAAAGGGCGAAGUUCGGAGAGAAGUCAUAAUUUGAAAACAACCGAGAAGAGAGAAGGCCACACAAUAGAAACUUCCAAAUAUUUUUGUUCUCAGUGUUCCUUUCUCUCAUCAGUUAAAAUAUUUUUCAUCUGCUCAGACACAAUUUAGUGAAUAAUUUAAGAUGGAGAAACAGUUGUAGUUUCCUGAUCAGCUAAAACUUGGCAAAGUAUUCAGGCCAUUCCAUGUUGUUCAUCAGUCAGCCUUGCUGAAGUUUCCAGUGGUGGUCUCUGUCUGCCUGUUGUCAUAAAGUGUGCACAUAUAGAGCCACAUACGGAAUAAGAUGUGUAUGUGUUUUUAUGUGAAUGGCAGAGAGACAGAGCAUCACUUUGCAGGCAGCCUUGAGUCUGCAGAGCAAUAUUAGUUCAACAGAACUUUUUGUUCCUCUACAUCCUCUUUCAAAUGUAGCAUUUCAGAUGCCAUUGAAAUCUGCUGCCAGCACCAGAAAAGUAAAAAAGUCUCGGAUAGUCUUGUAGUUGAAUUUACAAAACCUUGUCACAUUCUGAAUAGUUUGGUUAUGUUACUGUUGGUUAGUUUAGAGAUGAGAGUAAAGUCACUUCUGUAGAAGGAAGGCCCAUUUUUAGAUGGUGAUUGGUAUACAUUUUAGUUCAGGUUUUUAUAAAGUUGAAAAGGCCACACCUUGUUUUUCCUGUUUUUUUUUUUUUUUUUUACUUUUGGAAAGAAGAUAACAAAAGGAAUCAAGAAAGAAAACAGAGUUGUAUAAAAUGAUUGUAUUUUGUGGCAUUAACAGGAUAGUUCACCCAAAAAGAAAAAAAAAGAAAAUUCAUCAUUCAUCAUUUAUUCAUCCUUAUGUCUUUCCAAACCUGCACGACUGCAGAACACAAAAUAUAUUAUUUUGAAAAAUGUGAUUUUUUUUUUUUUUUCCCAUAUAAUGGAAGUCAAAAUGUUGUAUCUUUGCCUACCAACAUUCUUCAAAAUAUCGUAUUUUAUGUUCCACAUUAGAAAGAAAACAAUACAGGUUUGGAACAAUAUGAGGGUGAGUAAUUGAUGACAAAAUGUUCAUUUUUGGGUGAACUAUCCCUUUAAGAUGUGAUGCCCGUCUGUAGCCCCAUAAGAUCUUUAGCUUCAUCAGUCUUACAUGUGGCUGAGUCAGUCUCAUUUGCACUCAUCAUUACUAUGGAAACCCUUCAAUUAUCUUGCUUUGCCCCAAAUAAAAAAACAGAAAGAUGGCUUCUUGAAAAGGUUUUCCCUUCCUUGUUUACAGUAAAGUGGUUUUUGACACAAUGUGAUAAACCUCACACUCAGAGCCUCAACAGGGAAGCGGUGAAGUUUGAGAGGCAUGUCAGUGUGAGAGAGACACUAUCCCAGUUCUGUCAGCUACUGUAGAUUUUCAAAGCCUAUUGAAAGUUAAGCAGGCACCUGACAACAUUAGUGUUGCUUCCUUCCCUUUUAUUUCUUAUGUAGCUCUCUGGUUUCUAUCUGCUCUCUCAGAAAACAGUUGAGAGGUAGGGGUGUGUGCGCGUGUGCGUGCGUGUGUGAGAGCUUGUCCAUUGAACCUCAAAGUUUGCCCCUGGCUCUGCUGUUAUGCCUUUCAAAUUUCAGAAUUUAAAGCACAUUAUGACUUCAGCUUGUUCACAAACCACUAAAUAACCACCAAUCAUAAUGUCUGAUCUGCUUAAGUGUACCUUGUGUUGAUAUGCGACCUUAGGGAGGGUCUUUUUGAUGUGUUUUUCAGCGUCAAAAUGCUGGCCAGUGGCCUGGUACACUGCUACAGUACUGCAUAGAGAAGGCGGAUGUUUGGAUGAAUGUUUAUGUGAGAUUUUUCUUGUUCGCAGGCUAAUGCAUUAUGUUCCGCAUUAAUAUGGAGAUGCUCUUUCUGCUUCUUUUGCCGUACCACUUUAUCCUGAAAAUGAAUGUCUGGCAGUGUCUCCUGAAUCAACCUGCAGCUUUGGUAAACAGUGUAACCUCUGCUUAAGAGCUCAACUCACUGGCCUCCUACAGUUAAAAACAGAAAACAAAAACAACAAUGUUUUAGUGCUUUUUCUGCGCAUGAACUGGAGGAGGCUGCAGAAUUACAGCAGCAGCUUUUCAGAGGGAUUAUGUACUAAACGUUAAAAGUGACUACUUUUUGUCCUUUUUUGUUUGUUUUUCUGUUUGCUUUUUAGAAAACUGUUAAAUGUUUUUCUUUUAAAAUUGCGGUAAAUCAUUGAUUUGCAUACUGGGAAACACAAUCCUGUAUGUGAUUUAAAUGGAAUAAAAUGAUAACAAACA